AAUUAUGUAACCUCGUGCUUAGAUGCAUGAUUGGAAGUUUAUAACAAAAUUCAGCCUCAGAAACUGAGUAUCAAGGGAAGAACUCCUCAAAUGGAGACACCAUUAGUGGUCCAAAAUUUUACUUCAGAAGCUGACUAUUUUCCAGUGAAAAGCUUGAAGGAUGUUAAAUUUGUUUUGUGGGCAGAGACAGUGAAGAUAUGGAGAAUAGCAUUGCCAGUGGCAUUGACCCAUCUAUUCCAGGUUCUCACAAACUCCUCAACUUCCAUAUAUGCUGGUCAUCUUGGAGACAUUGAACUCUCUUCUAUCUCUGUGAGCCAAGGGGUCAUGAGUUCCAUCUAUUUUCAGUUGUUGUUUGGUAUGUCAUCUGCACUGGCCACACUUUGUGGCCAAGCUUUUGGAGCAGGACAAAUUCAAUCUACUUGCAUUUAUGUUCAAAGGUCAUGGAUUAUACUUACUGCCACUUGUAUAAUCCUCUUGCCUAUUUAUAUAUAUGCCACUCCAAUCUUAAAGUUGCUUGGCCAAGAUGAAGGAAUAGCUAAUCUUGCUGGCAGAUAUUCUAUUCAAGUAAUUCCCCACAUGUUUUCAUUUGCUAUAGUUUUUCCCACCCUUAGAUUUCUUCAGGCCCAGAGCAAGGUUAAAGUUAUUAUGUGCAUAGCAUUUGUUGUUUUGCUCAUACAAAAUGGACUGCUUUACAUCUUCAUAAAUAUAUUUGGUUGGGGUAUAACCGGCUUGGCCAUGGUGAGUAAUAUUAUAGGGUGGUUGUAUGCUGGGGCUUUGGUUGUCUAUACCAUUAGUUGGUGCAAAGAAGAAUGGAGUGGAUUUUCUUGGAUGGCAUUUAGGGAUUUGUUGGCCUUUGCUAAGUUAAGUCUUCAAUCAUCUGUAAUGGGUUGCUUAGAGCAAUGGUAUAUGACAUGCAUUAUGCUACUUGCUGGUCUUCUAGACAAUCCUGUGAUUGCUGUUGGCUCCUAUUCUAUUUGCUUCAGCGUUCAGGGUUGGCACUUCAUGCUGCUCCUUGGAAUAAGUACGGCUAUAAGUGUUCGCAUCUCCAAUGCGCUUGGCAUGUCGCAGCCAAGAGCAGCCAAAUACACUUUCUGUGUGACCAUGUUCCAGUCUCUCCUCCUUGGUGUUCUUUUCAUGAAUGUUAUUUUCUUGACUAAAGAAGACUUCGCCAUUAUCUUUACCAAUAGUGAGGAUAUGAUACAAGCUGUUGCUGAUUUAGCAUACCUUCUUGGUGUAACCAUGGUUCUCAAUAGUGCUUCACAGGUCAUGUCAGGUGUGGCCAUUGGAAGUGGAUGGCAAGUUAUGGUUGCUUUCAUAAACCUUGCCUGUUAUUACAUUGUUGGACUGCCAAUUGGAUAUUUCCUUGGUUUCAAGCAGCAUUUAGGGGUUAAGGGUCUGUGGGGAGGCACAAUGUGCGGCAGUGUUCUUCAGAUUUUAAUCCUCUUACUGAUAAUCCGUAAGACCAACUGGACCAAGGAGGUGGAGCAAACUGCUCAUCGCAUGCGAAUAUGGAACGUUAACAAUUUCCGCUCAGACUUGGCAGAAAAUGUUACAUGAAUGAGAAGGAAAAAAAAACAAUGUUAACAAUGCACUUUUUAAUCAGCAUCUCUUUUGGUAAUUUGGUUUGUUUGGCCACACAUCUAGUGGUCUGACAAGUUUUGUGGUAGUAAAAUUUGUUUUUUCUUUUCAAAAAAUAACAAUACACUUUUUAAUA